UACCAACAAAAAUGAAAUAAAAAACACAGAUCAAGAACCUCCGCGAUUACAAUCAUGAUGGCAGAAGCUGUGUUUGGUGUAUCGACGAGUCCUUCUUUCUCUCUUCGGCCCACAACUGCCACCACUUCUUCUAGAACCUUCCACACUCUUCCAACAACCACCACCGUUUCGCUGUUUCACACUCCUGCAUUCAGUUACUUGCGUCAAAGCUUAACUCAUUCCAACACUAGCUCUCAGGACAAUACCGGUGGUGGUGGUAGUGCCGGAAACGGUUUUGGAGACCGCGGUGGUGGUGGUGGUGGUGGCGGCGGCGGGAACGACGAUAACAAGGACAAAGAAGGAUCUGACGCGGAACAUAAGAGGAGGAUGGCUCUCUUGAUGUCUCAGAAAUUCACUCUUGGUUACGCUGCUCUUGUAGGAGUGGGUGGUCUGAUGGGCUAUUUGAAGAGUGGGAGCCAGAAGUCGCUUUUGGCCGGUGGCGUGUCUGCGGCUUUGCUGUAUUAUGUGUACACUGAGCUACCUCUGAGGCCUGUUUUUGCAUCAUCUGUGGGCCUUGGCAUAUCGGCUGCACUUUUGGCAGUGAUGGGUUCUCGUUUCAAGAAAUCAGGGAAGAUCUUUCCAGCAGGUGUUGUUUCCUUAGUCUCCCUUAUAAUGACGGGUGGUUACUUGCAUGGAAUUAUGCGUAGCUCUCACUAGAAUACUAGAAUGUAAACAAGGAAGGUGAGAUUGUAGGGUAUCAUGCAAUCUUUGGCUAAAUACAAUCUCCUUUUGUUAUGAGCAUUGUGUUGCUUUCUAGGACCUUUGUUGUGAAAUAAAGAGCCAGAGUUUGGAACUUCUGUGUUGCCACUGUUUACGAGCAUUGUUAUUAUUAUUUUAAGAUGGACCAUUUCCUCGUGUUAAGGAUGUUAGUAUGUUACAUAAAUUUUGGUCAUUAACAAUCAA